GUAGUCCGCAGCGGGAUGUUCAAGACAAAUGUCUUGCCGAAGUAUUACUUGUGUUUUCAACUUUAAAAAGUCCUUGUAUUCAUUCAAUUGAUACGCAUACAUAAAUUUAAAGAGUCUCAAUAUGGAAGUUGAUGAAGUUGGCAGUAAUUCUCCAACAGAUACCCAGGUGGAUCCAGAAGUCAUCAGGAUUGUGAGCGAGCUACCAAUGGAGGACACAUACUGGGUCAUGACACAAAGUUAUGAAACACUUAGCAGUCAUGGGAACAACGAAAGGCUAAUGGAAAUUCUGGACCGCUAUGGAAAUGUUAUUGGAAGGAACUUUGAAGAUGACACCUGUCCUUUGGACCAACAAGCCCUUGAUUUAAUCUGUCAGGCAUGCCUACAACCAUUCCAGGGUAAAUCAAGAAAACCUAGAUACCUGACCUAUAGACAUUGUUACAUUCCUAUACCGCUGAGUGAGCUAGGCAUCCUGAAUCUUGGUGGAGAAGCCGCAUCAGCCUGUCCAGCAGAUGAACCAGUCAUGAGACAAUGCUGCAUCUGCAGGAUGAGAGGAACGGAAGGAUUAUUUUUCAGGUGCCAAGGUUGUGAUGUUGUUUACUACUGUAGUCGAAUCUGCCAGGAAGCUGACUUGAAACAGCCGUACGAGAUGCACAGUCACAGAGCAUGGUGUGCCAAGAUGAAAGAGUUUGCAGCCAAAACAGAUGAAAUGGCUGACCUACCGUUUGCAUAUGCGGCAGAAACCACAACACAAGAUUUCACUGUUUUCCGGUACAGGGAGUUCCUCCACAAGUCUGGUGUGCUGGGCCAGGGCCUUUGGCGUCAUGAGAUUCCACAUCAUCAUGGCAUGCCAGACGGAUACCCCCUGGAAUUUGGUGGUUUACCAGAGGUUCAGGACCCUUGGAUCCUACCAGUCGAGGGAAGUAUACUAGAUAGCGAAAAACCUGAGGCCAAACUAGCGAGUCCAUUACAAGACUGGAAGAGUUAUUACGAGUGGCGAGGAUUGCGAUUAGACUCCCCUGUGGCCAUAAUUCUAUCUUUUCCAUUGACCCUGUAUUAUGUUGGCACAACACUGCUUAUUCAAGAUUUUCCCAAUAUCAAACCAGUCGCUCAGAACCCAAAUCAGUGUAUAAUCCAUGUGAUAGGAGUGGAGAAAGAGGUCGACCUUAUACCAGCAUUUUUCGAACUAGGCAUACUUAUGCCGGACACUUCCAUAGAGAUUCAUAUGGUUGGCGUGGAGCUAUCAAAGAAGUGUGAUGGUCGAGAGAGGACAAAAGACAACGUCAAAAUUACUGUUCAUCGAUGUACAUAUCAGAAAUUCUUCAAGCAAGGCAAUGACAAACCGGAUUUAGCUAUUGGAUUCAAUGCUGGAGUGGGUGCUUACAUGACGUGGGCAGAAGCUCUUGAAUUAUUAAAGGAUAACAACAUUCCGUCAUAUUUCACCGAUUAUUGCCAAUACAGCUGUGAAUGCGCCAACGGUCCCAUCAAGGGCCUCAACCUAGGAGAAGCUACCAAACCAAUCGUCAAUCCCUUCAGGAGCCCUAUCAGGAAGUUUUGUGAGGAACAGACAAUGCCCUGGUAUUCAAAUGGAUUCAUAUAUCGCUUAAAUUACUAAUGUUUUUGCUGAGAUUUUGUUGGGAAGUGCAGCACUAAGUUCUGAAACCAAAUAUACGACACUUAAAAGCUACGUUAUGGUUGUGGCAUGAAGUCCACAGCCAAUAUAAAUUUAUCCCAUUGAACUCAUCAAAUACCUCCUGUCGGACAUAUUUUCUUUUAGAACCAAGUGCUGCUUAUCCAUCUUGACAUACCAAAGUUACUGUUUCAUGUCAAAUGUUUGUUUCUUGGGGUCCAGUGUCCCAAAAAUAUGAAUAAAAUAUUUCGUAGCCAAGUUGGAGUGCUGUGUUCUGCUCUCAGUUGUGCUUUGCUUUAUGAAUUACGAACCAUAUGGCUCUGCUGAGGAAUGUUGUAAAAUUUGAGAGGUUUGAAAACGUUGAUCCAAUUGUGGUAGAUUGGAGUUGGACAACCGCAGAGGUCGUUACUCAUAGUCAUGGUGUUCUCCACAGGGUAUUCUCAAGGUCGGGUGGUGCCCUUGAUAUUCAAAAAAUGUUGGCAGUGUGCAACACAAGGUAGGGUGGUAAGCAAUUUAAGGUAGGGUGGCCCCCCAUAGAAACCCUUUACAAAAUUCUAUAGCAAGGUAGGGUGGCUCUUCCAAGGUAGGGUGGGCUGCCCUGACAAAUGGCCUUGUGGAGAACCCUUUGUGACUCGGUACCAUGCUGGUAACUUUCUAAGGUGCCAUAGAUAACAAACAAGAUAUUGUCUUAUGUUAUUCAUGUAUUCCUGUCUUAUGAGAAACCAGUUUUCCAUUGAGUGAAUGUUUGAAUAUUUUUAUAAAUCCCCAUGGUGCUGAAUGAUUUAGAUGGGGAUAUUUUUUACUAUUGAAAAUGGAGUAAUCUCUCUUUGCUCGGCAUUUAGAAUCAUCGAUCAUGUUGUGUAGUUGGGUUUUUUGCCACCAAGUGUAAUGAAUUGUCUUUUGUGACCACAACCAUGUAAAUUCCUGGUGUUGAGUGCAAGUGCUUUUGUAGGAACAUGGCCUCAACAUCCAUAUCUAUUCUUAACCUGUGUGUAUUACUUGGUUCAUACAGACAGGACUGGUG